AUGGUUUCCACUAGCAAUACCUAUGUCGAGGGUAUCUUUAGUCUUAUGCUUCGGGCGAAAGCAUCAGACAGCGUCGAAAGCUUGAGUGGUCCAGAUGAGGGCAACGAACGUCGACGGAAGGCCAUUGAAAGCAUACUGUUCUCGCGCAGAUUCAUCAUCACCUACAGCAUUGUACUUGCAGGGAUCCUAGCAGCCUAUACGUUGUGGUUUUGGGCCCACAGAAUCGGCGGACAUCGACGUCGACGCGUCCAAUCCUGUUCGCCACCCGGACAACCGUCCAUCGGCUCACCUAAGAUUCACAAACAGAACAAUGAAGAAGAAAGAGCGCCACUUCUUCACCAGGAUAAACAAGAUAUCCGCACGUCCAAGAAGAUCUCUUUGGCCGCUUACGUCCGAUCGUUCUUGAUCUAUCAGCCUGCAAACGUGCCAUAUAUCAACAAGAUCCUUCCAUCUAACGCCACCACGAUUGGGAUUCUGUUAUUGCUCGGCCUUAAUUUAUUCUUCCUGCUUUACAGAGCCGAGAUUUCUGUUGCCACUGCGUUCGUCUUCGCCGACCGAGCUGGCUUGCUAUUUGUGGCCAAUCUGCCAUUACUAUAUAUAUUCGCAGCGAAGAAUCAGCCACUCAAGCUAUUAACAGGUGCCUCCUAUGAAGGACUAAACAUCAUUCACCGCCGUUUAGGGGAAUGGAUGUGCUUGCUUGCCCUGUCGCAUGCUAGUAGCAUGGUCUUGGUGUGGUACAUUACACUUUCCGCUCGUCUUAGCUUUACAAGAUUUCUGGGAUUGCCCAUCAUCUGGCUUGGAAUCUUCGCCUUCGUCUCCUAUGAAACAUUGUAUCUUACAUCUCUGGGUUCCUUCAGGAAGUUGUGGUACGAACUGUUCCUCGGGCUCCACGUCGUUUUGCAGGCUGCUGCGCUGGCUUUCCUAUGGUUCCAUCACCACAACAGUCAGCCUUACGUCCUGGCUGCACUCUGCAUAUUUGCAAUUGACCGUCUGGCGUUCAGAUUGAUCCUGAAAGCUAGGACAAUGAGAGCCGAUCUGUCUAUACUAGAGGAUGGCGAAACUGUGAUGUUGAGCUCGAAUUGGCAGCUGACGGAUGUUCCCUGGUGGAGGCUUUCAAGAUUCGACAUCAAGAACGGUUGGAAACCUGCUGAACACGUCUUCCUCACUAUACCAGCUUUGUCGCACAAGCACCUGAUACAGGCCCAUCCUUUCACCAUCGCUUCCGCUGCUCCCAGUCCACCUGACUCUCAUGCCUGGCUCAGUUUCUUGAUACGAGCUCAGGACGGCUUUUCACGAGAUCUUUUACGAUAUGCUCAGUACCACAGCACUGUCAAUGUUCGGAUCGAUGGACCCUAUGGGUCAUCUCACGCCCUGAAUAUGCUUCAUGAAAAUGAUGUUGCUGUCAUUCUGGCCGGCGGUUCAGGUAUUGCCGUAGCCUUUCCUUUGGUCUGGAGCUUGCUCGCUACAUCGCGAGAUACGGAGCCUGAGAGUAACACGCAGCUCAAGCCUCGGGUCUGCUUGAUUUGGGUGGUCCGUGACAAAGAGCAUGUUGAAUGGCUACCCCAAGACAGACUUGAUGAGCUACGUGAUCUUGGUUGUCAAGUCAUGAUACCAGCUCCAACAGGGAAAGCAGGAAGGCCGGAUCUUCCUCAUCUGCUCGACGGUGCUGCGCAUGCAUGGGACGACGAGCUGGAAGAUCCAACUAUUGGCGUUGUGGUUGCAGGGCCUGACAGUAUGAACAGAACCUGCAGGAACGCAUGUGCAAAUCUCGUGAGACAGGGUGCACGACUAGAGGUCUCUGUGGAGAAGUUUGGCUGGUAG